AUGAUGCUUCAAGAUGUUUCAGAUCUGAUGCUGUGCAGAGUAUUCCCGGCCACCCUCAAGGGGUCAGCGCAGAAAUGGUACCUCGGACUGAAGUCCAAUACCAUCGGAACGUUUGCAGAACUGGCAACGGCAUUCAAAGGGCGUUUCCGCACGAACAUCCCGCUGCAGAAGAACUCAAGUGAUCUACGGAAGUGCCGACACGGUGAAGGCGAGACGUUGAAGAACUUCGUGGAGAGAUUCAAUAAAGAAGCAGUCCAGAUAGAGCACCUAAACCAUGAUACAGCCAUAGAGGCCAUGAAGAUGGGAACAAGGUUCGAACGACUGAGAGAUAAGAUCUUAAUGAAAAAGCCUUCCACUUUCCAAGAAUUGAUGGCAAUAGCACAUAAGUACGUAGAACUGGAUGAGGCAAGAAGAACGCUGACAAAACAAUAUGAGGAAGACAAACCAGAGAGAUACCGCAGUAGAGGAGGAGACGACAGAACGCAGAGGUUUGGAAGAGGAAACAAGCCAUUUGACUUCACACCUUUGAAUAGAGCACCAAUGGAAAUAUUCAGCUGGAUGAAGAACAAUAGAGUCAUGUACAAUGCACCCAGAAAGCUACACCCAGACAAAGAGAGAGACAAGAGCAAGUAUUGCAGAUUCCAUGAAGGAUAUGGCCACGACACAGAUAGAUGCUGGGACUUGAAACGGGAGAUAGAACAGCUGAUCCAGUCAGGAGUAUUGAAGAAGUUUGUACGCACAGAAGGAAGUGCAGAAAAAAGGAAACCAGAACAUGUGGAAAAAGAAGAGGCAAACAAAAGAUUCAAAGAACCCAUGGGCGUGAUCAACAUGAUAGAAGGGGGGGAACCCUAUUCAAAGGCACAGAAGAAGAAGAUACGUAAGGGCGUGUACUCGAUAAGCACUAGAACAUCCGCAGAGGAGCUGCCAUUAGUCACCUUUGGACCAGAAGAUGGGAGGCAUGUGCAGGAACCACACAACGACACGCUAGUAAUCAAAGCAUUGAUUAACAAUUUUAGAGUAAUGAGGAUCCUGGUGGACGAAGUAAGCGCAGUUAACCUCCUUACCUUGCAAGUCUUUAGGGGGAUAAGAGGAUCGGUAACGGAUCUCAGACAGGUUUCCGUGCCGUUGGUUGGCUUAGGAGGAAAGCCUAUCAGACCUGAAGGGAUGGUAGAGCUGGAGAUAAUUCUGGGAGAAGCAAAAGAAGGGCCACUGAAGACCAUGACAGCAGUUUUCAAUGUAGUGGAUAUCCCUUUGGCAUACAACGCCAUUUUGGGAAGGCCUUUCCUGUACCAGUGUGGCGCAGUGACCAGCAUCAAAUGGCUGACACUUAAAAUUCCGGACGAAGAAGGGAUAGUAACCGUAAAAGGGAGCCAGUUAGCCGCACGAGAAUGCAACUUGAUCACUGAAGAAAAAGGCAAAAGUCUGAACAUUGAGGCAUUCCCUGAGGAUCCAGAAGAAGAAGAAGGAGAUAGGAAUGCCCCAGUGGGCAACGUGAGGGAAUUCCAGAUCACCCAGAAGAAAGCAGUGAUGAUCGGGACAGAAAUACCAGAGGCUGUGGCUGUAGAGAUCAAAAGUGUAUUACAGAAGAAUGGAGACACCUUUGCCGCAGAUGCCUCAGAAGUAGUGGGAAUAGACCCAACGAUAGCAUCCCAUAAAUUGACUGUUUAUAAAGACGCCAAACCAGUAGUACAGAAGAAGAGACGGUUCGCAGAAGAUCGUAGGAAGAUCAUAGAGGAAGAGGUCAGGAAGUUGGAGGCAGCCAAGUUCAUAAGGGAGGUGAUGUACCCGGAAUGGGUUGCUAACGUCGUCUUGGUGAAAAAAGCAAAUGGAGGAUAUCGCAUGUGCGUAGAUUUCACGGAUUUAAACAAAGCAUGCCCAAAGGACAACUAUCCGCUGCCGAAUAUCGAUCAGCUGGUAGAUUCAACAGCUUGCUACCAGCUGUAUAGUCUCGCAGACGCUAAAUAG